AUGGACAAGAACGCCUACGCCAUGGCCAAGUUCGGCCUGGAGUCCAGGGACAACCUGAUCCCCAAGCGGGACUGUGGCUUCUACAUGAAAUACAUCUUCCUAUUCACCUCGGUCAUCCAGUUCCUCAUCAUCCUGGGGCUGGUUCUCUUCAUGCUCUACGGCAACGCCCACGCCGGCACCGACACCCACCUGCGGCACCUGGAGGAGCAGGUCCAGGAGCUCUACAGCAAGAUGACGCUGCUCAACGCCAAGAACAAAAACCUCACCCAGCAACUCAACGCUACCAGCAAGGAGAAGCUCGGCUGCUUCCAGCAGAUGACGGCAACCCAGAAAGAGUUGGAGAAAUGCAACGCCACCCUGCGGACCUGCAACGCCGACCUGGUCCAGUGCCAGAACAUCUUGAUCUACGCCCAGUACUACAAGCUGAUGGCGGAGGAGAGCUCCAGGAACAUGAACAUCCUGAACAUCACCUGCUACGCCGAGAAGCUGAGCCUGCGGGAGGCCCGGGACCGGCUGGUGCGGGAGGCCCAGCAGCAGCGGGAGAACUGCUCGCAGGUGACGGAGAAGCUGAAGCAGGCGGCCAGCAGUGCCAACAGUGAGCGGGAGCUCUGCCGGCAGGAGACCAUCCGCCUGCGGGCACAGUACAGCGGGCAGAGCCUGGGGCAGAACCAGUGCUGCAACCUGGGGGAGAAGAUGCUGGGCGAGUUCCAGAACAUCCAUCAGACCCUCCAGGGGAAAUUGGGGACCCUCCCGCCAUUCUCACCCAGCAGCUGCACCACUCUGAGCCAGCAGCUGAACUCGCAGCUCAAGACGCUGGGGGACAAGCUGCAGCAGGAGGUGCAGACCCAGGCGCAGGAGAACGGGCGGCUGCAGGGCGAGAAGCUGCUCAGCGAGGCGAACCUGCAGGACUGCGGGCAGCAGCGCAACAGGGAGACCCAGCAGCACCAGCAGCAGCUGCAGGCCCUGCAGGCUGUCUGCGACGCCGAGGCCACGCGGAGCUACCAGGAGAAGCAGACGCUGACGGAGGAGAAGGGGCACCUGAACCGGCAGCUGCAGGAGAAGAACAAGCUUCUUGCCCAGGCAGAGGCCACGAAGGCCCAACUGGAGAGCUGCAGGAGGGCAAAGGGCAGUGCUUGGAACCCAGGCCUGAGAAAUCCUAGCAACCCCGGGACCUUCGGGAACCCCGGGACCUUCGGGAAUCCAGGGACACUGGGGAACCCCGGGACGUUCGGGAACCCCGGGACACUGGGGAAUCCCGGGACGUUUGGGAACACAGGUGAAGCCAACCUGGAUGAAAUCAGAAAGCGAAUCCUGGAGGCGGCCAAGCUGUCCAACCAGUUCCCCCCAAAACCCGUGGCGCAGCCCAGAGGGCAGGGGCCCCGGGAUAUCCUGGGGCAGCAGGAUACCACCGCGGUCGGCGGCUUCCUCGCAGGGCAGGAACCCGGGCGCGGCCACUCGGGCAGCGUGUGA